AUGCCCACUGAUCAGCGGGACUUCUUUAUCUCGGUGGGUCAGUGGCAAGGUCGUGAUCUUGGGAGAUGUAGCCCAUGCCAUGCUGCCGUACAUAGCACAGCAAUAGCAAUUGAAGACGGCGUAGCCCUAGCAAGAUCCCUGUCUAAAAUCGAAAAUGCAACAGAGAUCUCCAAAGCACUGAGUAUAUUCGAGGAAGUCCGCAUCCAGCGAGCAGGAUUGAUGCAAGAGGCGAGUUCUCUGAAUGGAAAACUCUGGCAUCUGGCAUUUCCCAGAUGGACCACUUCAGGAAGCCCGUGA